GACAGCUUUGAUGAUAAACGUUCCAACUGGUUCCCUCUCUGAACCUUGGAAACCGAAUUGUUUUCGAUUGUAGGCUUUAAAUGUUGACAACCGACUGCAAAUAUUUUCAGUAAUAACUGUUUGAUCGUAAGGUUCCGAAAUGGAAGAUGGAAAUGAAGAAGUUAUCCUACCACGAACAGAUAUUCCCAACGAGACGACGGAAGAUAAAUUGUACCCCCAAAUACAACACAUCGAAGAUCGUAGUACAGAUACCAACCUGAAAGUCGAUGAAAAUUCCGUGGGAGCAAACUCUUCUGCUGUGCCACUUUCUGGUUUUAAUUUUUGGGAUGUGAACAGUUACAAGAGGACUGUGAAGCGAAUCGAUGACGGUGCCAAACUUUGUGAUGAUCUUUCGAAACUUUUGGUGGAAAGGGCAGAAAUCGAAGGACUGUAUGCCUCAAAAUUACAAGGUAUCUUUUUACGAUCUGUAACAACUUAAGUUCGUUGAUUCUUAACAUAGCAACAGACUAUUGGAAAAUGGACAAAUUGGGAGCAGUUUUGUGGAGUACCUAAAUGUGUUCCUUUUUCAGGUUGUUGUGGCCUGAGACGUUGAAUAAAAUUUUGCGGUCAAUAUUUCAUUCAAUUUGUUAAUACGUUGUUCAAGGUCUUGUAUAUUCACAGUUUAUUAAUAAUUAAAUACAUUUGACGAUGAAAUGGUGCAUUAUAUUUUCAAUUAAGUUUUGCAUACCUUUACCGAAAGUUCAUUAAUCCCUGAAUUUAACAGUUGGAAUAAUAAGGCAUUGGGAGUAAUCAACAAUGAUUUAAUGAGCUCCUCUGGUCUUAAAAGGUUGGCGACCAGGAGUUAGGGGCUCUCUUUAGAAAUUUGCAUUAAUACCGCCCACACGGGGGAUGUAUACUCAGUAUAGUUCUGUGAGCAGGUGCACAGUGUGAUCUUGUUGUCUUUAGCUGGAAGCUGUUGGAAGUGUUGAAAGUUUCCGUUAUUGUGAUAAACUACAACUCACGCAAAUCGUCAUAUGUGACAAUAAACCAGAACAUGAGAGAGGUACUCAUGUAAUUUUUUAUAUUUUAUGUUCUCAACAACAAUUUAAAUUCUUUUUUAUCAAUUGAUGGUUAACAAUAUUUAAAACAGCUAUCAACAAUUGGAAUAAUCUACAGUGUUUAUUUGAUUAAGCUCCUCAUGCACUUACUAAAUUCUUGCAGUUUGAAAGAAGGCACUUAUUCACGGCUGGGAGCUUAUUAAGUUCUCACCGUUUUCAGCAAAUAGUAUUAGUUUUUCUUGCAACAAAACAAUAAAUGAUAUCGAAACUUUAAGACCAGUACUAUAGACAGUGAAUUUAGAGAUUGUUUGCCAGUAAAGAAAUAAUGGUCAAUACUCCUCUUGUGCACUUCAGUUUUUUUGUUUGUUUUGUUUUUGUUUUGUUUCUUUUUGUUUGCUUGUUUGUUUGUUGUUGUUGUUGGUUUUUUUUUCUUUCUUUUUUUUUGAGGGGGGGGUGGAAUGAGAGAGAGGGAAGGGGAGGGAGCUAAUUUUUCAAGGUUAGAUGCUUAUCAACUUUUCCUACCUGCAUGGUGGGUGCUUUUUGGAGAUGGUUGCUUGAAAACCAGGUUGGGCACUUAAUCAAAUAAGAAGAUUGAUAAUUCAACUAAAAUUUUGCAUUAUUACAUAAAUUUUUGUUUUAGGAAUUGCACAUGUAGUAUUCCUUACAGUAUUUCCUCCAAUAUUUAGGUUGGAGUAAAAAAUGGAAAGAUUUGAUCACUAAAAGUACAGAAUAUGGAUCAGUUAAAGUUUCCUGGAUGAACAUCACUAAUGAAGCUGAUCAGUUGGCAGAAAUUCACAAUGAACUUCAAGUCAGAGUUGGGCAAGUUAAUGGAGGUGUACAACAAUGGAAGUCGUCAAAUUAUCACAAGGCCUUACUUAGCUGGAAAGAAACCAAAACUGCAGAGGAAGGUUUUAGUAAAGCUCAGAAACCUUGGGCCAAGAGAAAUGAUGAAGGUAAUCAUUAAAUUGACCAUAAAUGGACUGUCAAACUUAUUUAUAUUUCAUUUACUUAGAUAUAUGUCGUAGUUCAAUUUUAUCCUUGGUUCAAAUUUUAUUUUCCUUUUUCAAACUCAUUAUCAUACAUUAAAAUAUCCAAAAACAAAAGAAAAGAAAAUUUGAACCAAGGGUAAAAUUGAACCACAACAUAUAAACCUGAUCAAAUGAUGUUGCUACAUGAAAAGUACAAACUGUGAACAAUGGAUCUUUAGGCUGGAGCAUUAAUUUUUUAAAAUUCCAUGUACAAUGGAAAACAUUCAUUCUUUACUAGUUAAUUGGACCUCUGAGUCUUAUCACCAAAAUUUCAUGACAUCCCAUCCCUUACAGCUUAUAGCUUUUCCUUGACUUCUCACUUGGAUUCUCAGCUAUGUACAUGUACAAAGUUAAGUUAAUUAUUAUUAAGGUGAUGCCAAAUCCAAGUCAUUAAAGAGGUUUCACCAAUGUAAUGUGGUAGCUGUAGAGAACUUUGUAGUGAUAUUGCCAUGUGCUUUUGCUCAAUUAGCUCUGCAAUUUUCCUUCCUUCAUUUCACUUCCUGCAUUCCACUUUUUGGUUUAGUGUUUGUUUCAUGCAUCAGUUUGUCUGAAUUGUGUCGACAGGAGGUUGCCAUGGAGACCUACUUGCUGCCGAGGCGAUUACUGUCCUCACCUGUCAUUACCUUUGCUCUGCCUGCCCUCCAAUAUUAACUAUUUCACCCCAAAGAUCUCAUUAGAAAUUCUCCUUACUAUCUGCCAUACAAUUCUUAUGAUGUUACUUUGGAGAAUUUGGUAUUGGAUCUACUAAUAAUCCCCAAAUUUAUGUUUUCUUUAUUCUCUUCUCUUGAUAUUGUAGUGAUAUCUUAAGAAGAUAUUCUGUCUUGGUCAUUCAUGGGAGUUAAAUGAUAAAAAUGCUGUGGACUUAAAUUGAUUUUUUAUCUAACAGUGUUGAAAUGCAAACGGGCAUACUACCAGGCCUGUAAGGUCAGAGAUCAGUCUGAGAAGCUUUACAAGGAGGCCUGUGUGGAGGGAAGUACAGUCACAGAGGAACAAGUGAAGAAGCUGAAGGAUAAAUCAGAUAAAGCUGCAAAUGAUGUUCAGACCACAAGAGACAAAUAUCAGGAUGGUCUGAGAGAUAUUGGAAAUUAUAACCCCAAGUAUGUGGAGGACAUGCGCUACAUGUUCGACAAAUGUCAGCAGUCAGAAGAGGAGCGAAAGAACUUCUUUAAACAGACCUUCCUGAACUACUCUCAGCAGUUGUCGCUGUCACCGCAUUUCAACAGGUGUGUGCCUUUUUAACACUUGAUUUCGAAAAUGUAUUCAACUCUCUUCUUAAACAACCACCAUUAGUGCCGACAAAAGUGGUCGCCAGAGGGAGAUGGUCGCGUAGGAGAAAAAUUCCCACCUUUUAUGGUACAAACGAUCUUAUUGUCUCAGUUGUAGAAAAAACGAAAGCAAAAACGCACUCAAGACGCGCUUUUUUUCGCGAAACACGAAAAACUUGCGAAGGUUUUGCAGCUCAUCUACGAGGACCGUUGUUUUGCUUGAUUUUCAUCCGCAGGUCAAAUGAAAUUUAAUUCAUUCAAAAUUAUGAUUAGAGACCACUAAUAACAAGUUCAUGUAAAUUACCGUUCGAACGUAUCCGGUUAACUCGCCACCAAUGAGAGUCAAAUCGCCACCGUCAGCGAAUUGACUCGUUUACGAUCUUCGUCCAAGAAAAACCGGUAAAAAGAUAAAAUUCCAGAUCUCAGCAUUCAUAUGUUAUAGCUUUCAUUAGAUUUGAUUGCGAAAAGGUAACGUCGAUAGUCUAUGUGGUUAACGCAAAAUUAGGACGCCAAGUCCACUUUUAAUUUCGCAAUGUACAACUACAUCGUACCUUUCAUAAUUGAUGCGAGUUUUAUCAAAUUUCAUAAACAUCGGCAAAACUCAGGGUGAAAAUCACUUUGGUUUCGCGUUACGCAACGUGUUAUCAACAUGUUUUAUUUCAUAUAAAAGGUUAACUUUUUGUAAUUAAGACGCUACACAAAAGUCUAAGUUCCAUAAACUGUAUUUGUCCGCGGUUCUAAUUUCGCAAUAUACUACUACAGCUAAGCUUUCAUUUGAUGUAAGUUUCGUAAAAGAGGUUACAGGGAACGUCCGAGUCAAAUCACCACCGGUAGCGUUUUAAUUCUCAGCGGUGGUGAGUUUGUUGAGCUGGCGAGUUGACCGUAAACCUCCCGUCAUAUUCAAUUGGUUGCGCAUGGAAUCGAUCUUGAUGAGGCGAGCGGGAUAAAUUAUGGUGAUUCCUAAGAAAAAAAAAAAGAAAAAAAAUUUUUUUUUAACUUUUUUUAGAUGUUCCUUGCCAAUGUCUUUUUCAAAAACUACAAUGAAAACGAUGUCGCCGUGCUUGCUUGUGAGAUAAUUAUGAUAGGCCAAUCUAACCCCAAUUAUGCCCGUAGUGGUCCUGAUCACGCGCGCCGUUUCACUGGUUCACAGUACAAUUGCGAUCGCUGGAAUUACAUGUAAGGGAUUUUAAAGUUAAGCCUGAUUAUGUGAUUUUUAUGCGCAAUACAGGAUGCGCAAGUAACGAGUAAGUAAUGUAAGUAAUGAAUCAGUUUAAAUUAUCGCUUUGACGAACGUCUCAGUUUAAUUGCAAUAUUUCCGAUGGCAGGAUGUCCAGCAUCUACACUGGUCUCAGUAAAGCAUUUGAAGCCGCAGAUGCCUCGGCAGAUAUUUCAUGGUGGUCUGUUAACUUGGGAUUUGAAAUGCCAACACGAUGGCCAGAAUUUGAGGUACUUUUUUUCGUAAAAUGAGAAACAGGGCACUUCUUUAACCUUUUAACCCCUCUUGAGAGCGAGUAACAUCUUUUUUCUCUUAACAGUCUCAGUGUUGAAUCAGACAUAAAGGCCUCGAGAAUAAGGGAAAUGAUCACCCACUAGAGAAGCCCUUGAUUGUUAAUUAAAUUCUCCUUGUCAGUACCAAAGGAAAUGUAUAAAGAAGAGUAUGGAGAAUAUAGACACUGAUAUUAAGCUGAAGGGUUAAAGGGUGAAAAUACAUCUUCUGCUUCAAGGACUAAAAGUAAAAACCUGCAAUGUAGACAGUAAGGUUGAUUUGGUCCAUUCUAACUUUCUUUAAUUAAUUGUAUCUAUUUAUCUAUUAUUUAUUUUUAAGAUUACUUUCUUUUUGAUAGGAAUACACCGGGCAAGAAGAACAAACAGUUACGAUUUCGAAACAGCAACCACAACAGACGGCUGCCAAUCAAACAAAUACUUCGCAAGAAACACAAGGUUCCCCUAGCACUAAGAAGAGUUCUGUUUGUGCAACAUUGUAAGCCAGUUGAAGCGAGAAACCCUUUCGUAGUUUUUUCAGUUAGUGUCUGUUUCCACGAGAAGCUAUAAGUUCUGAUUAAUUUUCGUUUUUUGUUUUUGUAAAUAAUUGCCGCGAGAUGCACUUUCAUUUGACCAAGAUACUUCGUGGGUAGUCACGAAAAUGGAAUGAUUAAGGUAGGAACAUUAGCUCGAAUAAUUCGCUCGUCUUCCUGAAGAAGAUUUUUUUGGUAGCAGUAGCUCAUGUUUCAAGAACCUGAGAGAGAGUUAUCACGAGCUUCAUGUGGCUCUGCAUUUGGCUUCCUCGCAGGAAAAUCAGUUCACUCUACUCCCCCUCUCUGAGGAUCGAUUGCCACAUCUAAGAAAACGGUACAAAUCCAGCCUUUAUCCCCUCAAUCGGAUAAUCUGAUUACACGUUCAAAUAGUGAGACUCCCCUUAAAUCGAAAAAUAAAGCGAGCGAGCGAAAGAGGUGCGCACGAACUUACAGAAAAGGACUCUGAGGAAGUCUAAUCAGUAGCAAACGUUUACUUUUUGUUCAAUGUAUACUCUGUUGUUAUUAACUAAGUUAUUCAUGGCUCCAAACAUGUCACAGCUGAUGCAUGCGCCAAAUCGGAUAACUGCCUCUUUUUAAAUUAACAGUAAAUGGUUAUAAGAGAACUUAAGCGUAACUUUCAGGCGAAUGCAAAUUCUCUAUAUUCGGCUUUGUGUGUACUUUUUAAGUAAACUGGUGACAUAUAUCAACCAUUCCAUAAAUACAAGUUGACAGACCUCCUGACGAUAGGUCUUCUACCCAGGGGCUUACCUGGGUUGAACAACUGCAGACACGGAUGUGAACAGUCAUGGUAUUCAAUGAACGGGAAAGAAAGGAUCGUUUUGUAAUAAAGCAAACCCAAACAAUAGCGCUGAGUUGCUCUAAAGGGAAAUACAUUCGUAAUGCCGCUUGUUGGUGUGAUUUUUGUAAAUAGGGGUUCAUUUUCUUCAACGUUAAACGUCGACCAUAUCAGUCUUUUACAUUUAUUGUAGUUUUUAGUCAUUUUGUUCAUGUAUACUUUUAAAUUAUCACGAGGGCCCUUUAAAUGUUGUUAAAUAGAUUAUCCAUUAAAAUCUUAACCCUU